UAUCACUUGUUUUCAUUUUUGUAAGCUUACCACCCAUUUCCCUCUCUCUCUUUUGCUUUAAACUGGAGCCAUGAGAUUGCUCGCAUUCUCUGAAUUUAGACGGGCACCAGCAGCGUCGCUAUCCGCCAUGCUACGUGUAAUAUCUCUGGUAGCGCUGCUUUCGCUAGCCGCCCCACUGGCCUCCGCCAAGAGCCCAGGCGAGGCCCCGCACAUGCACCACACAUAUUUCCCGUCGCACCUCUCCAAGCUGUUCUACUUCAAGGACCCGCAAAUGCUGCUCGGGCUGGACCGCACCAACGGCAAGCUAUACCGCAGCCACGACCACGGCAAGAAAUGGGAGCACGUCACAGAGAUCCCAGCGCGCUCGGCCGCCCGGCUCUAUGGCCACCCGUUUGAGGACAAAAUCGCCUUUGUCUUAUCUUCAGGCACCGAGCACUGGGUGACGCGCGACGCAGGCAAGUCCUGGGAGGCUUUCAGCACGCCAUUGCCGCCGACAUCCUCUGGCGAGCGCGCAUUGGGGUUCCAUGCGCAGCGCACAAGCUGGAUUCUGUUUACAGGUGAGCGCUGCCACGAGGACACGGCGGGGUGGUGGCCGUUCCCGAAGAUGGUGUGCCAGGACGAGGCGUUCUACACGAAGGAUGCGUUUAAGGGAGCGGCCAAGGAGCAUAAGGCCGGGGAUAAGAGCGGCACCGGGAUCACCAGCCUGAUGGGCGAGAAGAAGCCGGUGGCAAAGUGCAUCUGGGCGCACCAGACCAAGGCGUUUGAGACUAUGGCUGAGGAGGCAAUCUUCUGCCUCGAGGUUGUCGACGCGAAGGAGGCGCAAAAGGGCAUGUCGAAGCGCUCUCUGCCCAUGGACACAUUCAGCGGCUCGCAAAUGUCGGCUGGGAAACUGCAUAUUCGUGACAUUGUUCGUCCCAGAACCCGCCAUAGCAGUAACACCCAGGAUACCGGUGUGCCAGAGAAUGCGCAUGCACGCACAAGCAAACGCAGUGUGCUUGGAGAUGCCAUUUCGGCCAUGGAGCAGCGCAGCCAGUAUGUUGUGCGGCUGGUCUCGUCGGAGAACUUUUUCGAGACCAAAAAGAUUGUGCACUUCGGGACCGGCACCGACGGCCACAGCGGGGACGCAGCAGGCGGCGGUGUUAUUGGCGUCAGCGUCAUGAAGGACUAUAUAGUCGCGGCUAUUAGCCACGCAAACUCGGACGAAAUGGAUCUGUUUGUGUCUGUGGAUGGCCACACAUGGGCAGAGUCGCACCUGCCGCUGCCCCCAGGCGCCGAGGCUGAUGCGUACACAAUCCUGGAGUCGACGGAGCACGCAAUGUUUGUCGAUGUGGUCAUGUCGACGACCAGGGCAGUUGGCUCGCUGUUCCGUUCCAACUCCAACGGCACGUACUACACGCAGUCGCUGGAGCACACGCACCGCGACAAGGAGGGAUUUGUCGAUGUCGAGCGUGUUCAGGGCGUUGAAGGCGUGGUGAUUGCCAACCAGGUGUCCAACUGGGACGAAGUUGGCAAAGGCGGCCUGUUCCACCGCGACCAGAUCCAGCUGCGCAGCCGCAUCUCAUUCAACGACGGUGCCCGGUGGCGGUUCCUGCGUGCGCCUGAAAAGGACCUCGAUGGCAAGAAAUACGGCUGCACAGACGACGGGUGGAAGACCGGCGAAUGUGCAUUGCACGUGCAUUCGGUCACAUCGACCAUGUCGCCGGGCAAGAUUUUCGGCACCAAGUCGUCGUCAGGUGUCAUUAUGGCUGUAGGCAAUGUCGGCCCGAAACUGCUAAAGUGGAACGAGUGCGAUACGUUCAUGAGCCGCGACGGCGGCGUCUCGUGGUCGAUGAUUCACCGGGAUGCCCACCACACGCAGAUAGCCGAUUCCGGUGCCGUCCUGGUGCUUGCCAACAGCGAGGAGCCCACCGAUGUGCUCAGCUACUCGCUUGAUGGCGGCGACUCGUGGGAAAACGCAUCGUUUGACCACAAGAUCCGGGUCCGUGCGCUUACUGUUGACGAUGAUGGCCUCUCGCCCGUAGUGCUUGUGUCUGGAAUCGUGCGUGACGGCUCGCACAAGAACGAGCAGGUGAUCUUGGCCGCCGACUUCAAGAAGUCGUGGAAGCGCCAGUGCAAUAUCGAUCCCAGGGACCCGAAGGCCAACAAGGAUAUUGAGCAGUUUGUGCUGCGCGCACAUGAGGACAAUGACUGCGUGAUGGGCCAUAAAUCCGACCACUUCCGCCGCAUCGCCAACGCGCAGUGCUACAUGGGCCUGAAUCAGGUCAUUCUGCCAAUCCAGGAGGACUGCGCGUGCUCUGAGCACGACUUUGAGUGCGACUACAACUACGCGCUGAACGAUAAGGGCAAGUGCGAGCUGGUUGGCGAUCUGGUGGUCCCGCGAGGCGAGUGCCUGAAGGAAGGCGCCCACUUCAUGGCAUCGUCAGGAUACCGACAGAUCCCCGGCAACACAUGCACCAGAGGCAAGGGCAAGGAGCUGGAUAAGCCAGUCGACAAGCUGUGCCCCCGCGUGCAGUCUCCACACGGCGACAACCGCCACGAUGGUGAGAGCAAGGGCGAUACCAGCCACUACGGCCCCGUCAGCCACCACACGUCGGUCUUCAACGGCGAGAUCCGCAUGACGCCGUUCCCAAACUCCACAGUGUAUCUGAUUCUGUCGUCCAGCCAUGAGCUGUACCGGUCUGAGGACUCAGGCGCCAAGUGGUCCAAGAUCGAUCUGGCCACUGCCACCAAAAUAGGCCCCAAGGUCGGAAAGCCCGUGUAUCUGGUGCGUCACACGUACGACGAGAAGCGCGCGUUUGUCUAUACCGACACCGACCACUUGGUAUACUCACCCGAUCGCGGAGGCUCCUGGACUGUCAUCGAGCAUCUGCCGUCAGCUGCCAAUGCUUUGCAUGUGCGACCGAUUAUCGACUUUAACCCAGAGAACGCAGACUGGCUGCUGUUUGUCGGCGGCACCGCAUGCCCCGGCUGCCACACCGAGAUCUGGGUGUCCAAGGAUAACGGGCAAAAGUGGAGCCGCAUAACGACACAUGCGACCAAGUGCCUGUUUGCACGGUCCAAGCAGUUCAGCAAUCUGCCAACCUCAGCCGUCGUGUGUGCGAACUACCGGCACACCAGUGGCUCUCACAACGAGCAGGACCGCAAGGGCAAUAAGAACCACCCCGACAACUACCUGGAGGUGCGGGUAUUCAGCAAUCCCUUUGAGAGCAGCAAGUACCACCCGAUCAGCUUCGCCAACCCCAAAGAGAGCGAUGUGCUGGACUUUUACAUUUACAGCCGCUUCCUGGUCAUUGCGGUGCUGGAGCACAUGCCCGACGAACAAGGCCACACGACGACACAGCUCAAACUGUAUGUCUCGGAGGACGGCAAGUCAGUGCAUGAGGCGCGGUUCCCGCCGGGGGUGAAUCUGACGCCCGAAGGCUUCACGCUGUUGCCGACGCACGGCGGCACAAUCAUUGUCGACGUGGAGGGCGCGCCGAGCACCGGCGACCCCGACCGGUCGCUGGGGUGGGGCACAUUGUUUGCCAGCAACAGCAACGGCACGCACUUCCACCUUGUCAUCGAGCACACCAACCGCAACCACCUGGGCUUUGUCGACUUUGACCGCGUCGAGGGCACUGAGGGUCUGCUGAUGGCCAACCGAGUGCUCAACACCGAAGCCCUGGGCAAGCCCGGGGUGUACAAGCAGGUGCAGACAGUGGCCAGCCGCGACGACGGCCGCACGUGGCGGGUCCUAGAAGCCCCGCUCAAGGACAACCACGGCAAGGAUAUCGACUGCCUCGACUGCACGCUGAAUCUGUACGGGCGAGCCUCGCUGCUUAGCGCCGGGCCCCUGUACGGAACGGUCACAGCGCCUGGCUACAUGCUGGGCGUAGGUUCUGUUGGCAACCAUUUGGGGCGGUAUAGUGCGGCACACACGUAUCUGUCGCGCGACGCAGGCAUCAGCUGGAGCCAAGUCCACGAUGGCGAGGCGCAGUAUGAGUUUGGUGACCACGGCGGCCUGCUGGUCCUGAUCGACGACGACGGGCCGACCGACACCCUGUGGUUCUCGUACGAUGCCGGUAUCUCCUGGAAGUCAUACAAGUUCUCCAGCAACUCGCGCGUAGUGGUUGAUGCCAUCAGCAACGGCCUGACCAGCGGCGGGCAGAUGAUCUCGAUUAUUGCCCGCGAGGUCACCAAGGAGGGGCGCGUCAAGAUCGGCGAGACAUGCGCCAUCAGCGUCGACUUCUCAAAGGUCCUGACCCGGCAGUGCAAAAUCGACCGGCGCGACCACGAAAAGAGCGACUUUGAGCUAUGGACGCCGCACAUCAUUGAUGUCCAUGGGCGCAGCGAGGAUGUCUGUGUAUUCGGUCAGGCCACGUCGUACUGGCGCCGCAAGCCCAGCACCGACUGCUGGGUCGGCGACCAGUUCUCCUUGCCUGAGACCAGCAAGUCCACGUGCAAAUGCACAAUGCGCGACUUUGAGUGCGACGAGGGGUUCUGGCUCAACGACAACGGCGAGUGUGUGCUGGAUGGCGCCGACCCGCACCAGCCAAAGGACUGCCGCGAGGGAUCAACGUAUACAGGCCGGUCUGGCUACAAAAAGGUCGCCUUGUCGCAGUGCUCGGGCGGCGAUGAUCUCGAGAAGCCCGUGCAACGCGUGUGUGGGCGGUCUGGCGGUCUGGUGGCAGUUGCCCAUGAGCUUGACUCGCAGCUGGUCGACCUCCAGUACUUCCGCAAGUCCCACCAUAUGCUGGCGCUGACUGACACGCACAGAGUCAUGGUGAGCCUGGACGAAGGGGCCAAGUGGUCUGACCUCCCGGCCGAAGGCGCCAAGGACGUGGACAAGAUCCGCACCAUCAUCCGCCACCCGUACUUUGACGACUACGCCUACUUUUUGCCUGAAUCCGGCACCGUGGCCCUAUACACGUCAGAUGAAGCACGCACCACCCGCAAGCUGCAUGUCCCGACUUCGCCUGCGCACUUUUAUCCGCCCGUCCUGCGGUUCCACCCGGAGCGGCCUGACUGGAUCAUCUUUUUGGGCCAGCCCAACGAAAAGUGCCAGAACGAGGAUAGCCUGGACUGCCAGGUCGAGGCUUUUGUCAGCAAGGACCAUGGCGCACACUGGGACGCUUUGGUGGCUCCAGUGGGCUCCGGCGGUUGCUCGUUCCUACGCACCGACCGGCUGACUGCGGCGGGCCGCGACUCGAUCGUAUGUGCACGGCACCACAAAUCGCGCGAGGGAGCUGGCAACCUGGUCGUCAGCGACAACUGGUUCAAGAAGAACGAGCAGGUUCUGGUCAAGAAUGCCACCGACUUCACGAUCAUGGGCGAGUUCCUUUUGAUCUCCGAGGAGUCCUCUGACGCCAACUCGCUGGCCAUGCACAUUUCGCUCAACGGCAAGACGUCAGCCGUGGCCAAGUUCCCCGGCAACAAGCAGAAGAUGGAUCCGGCAUACACAGUGCUGGAGCCCCCCGAUGGCUUCGAGUACCGCGACGACAAGGGUCGCAACCAGAAGAUGCCUGGGGGCGGCUUGAUGAUGCACGUGACCAAGAACGCGAAGCCGGGCGCCGAAUACGGCACCAUUUACGCGUCCAACUCCAACGGCACAUACUACCGCCAAACGCUGGAGCAUGUCAACCGCGACGAGUCGGGCCUGGUCGACUUUGAGCGCAUCCGUGCGCUAGAAGGCGUAGCAAUCGCCAACAUUGUGUCCAACGUCGACGACGUCGAGAAACACCAAAAGCCCAAGAAACUGCAGUCCGUUAUCACCAUGGACAGCGGCGCGCGCUGGCACUUCCUUUUCGUCGACGGCCGCACGCCCUGCCACAUGACUGCCCCCCGUCGCGGCGACUGCGCUCUGCAUCUGCACGGAUACACCGAGGUAUCUGAUCCCGAGAACAUCUACUCGGCAUCGGGCGCUGUCGGCCUGGUCAUGGGCGUCGGCAACGUGGGCCCAGCGCUGGCCCGGCUUGGCGAGUCCGACACGUUCCUGUCGCAUGACGGCGGUGCCCACUGGCAGCUUGCCCGCAAGGGUGCCAAGUGGCAUGAAUUCGGUGACCAUGGUGCCAUUAUUGUCGUGGCCGACCGCAUCCACCCGGUUGCUGAAGUCGAGUAUUCGCUGGACCGCGGAAAAUCCUGGCUGAAGUUGGCGCUGCCGCAGGAGGCCAAAUCCAUGCGCGUCGAGAUGCUGACCACCACCCCCGACUCCACCAGCCGCAAGUUCCUGCUGUACGGCAAAAAGGAUAACAGCAAACGAGGCAUUUUGGUCAGCCUGGACUUUGUUGGCGCCCAGCCGCGCAUGUGCAAGUACGACCCGUCCGGCCACCAGCACAAGACCAACAACGACGACUUUGAGCUGUUCGCUCCGGUGCCCAUCGACUCGGAUGACUCGUGCAUCCUGGGCCGCAAGGUGCAGUACUACCGGCGGAUCGCCGACCGCACCUGCUACGUGGGCGACGAGUUCCGCAGUGUCCGCUACAUCUCCGAGAUCUGUGCCUGCACGGAACGCGACUAUGAGUGCAAUUUCAACUUUGUGCGCACCAACCAGGACGACAACCCGUGGGGCAAAUGCGUGCUCGUCAAGGGCAUGCAGGCGCCGCGCACAAACUGCACUGAGGGCCACAAGGAGUAUUUUGAGAUUGAGGCCCCCUACCGCAAGAUCCCGCAGUCUGUAUGUGAAAAGGGUCUGGUCCUGGACCGCCCCGAGGAGGUCUGGUGCCCAGGCAAGGCGCGUGCCAUCGCUAUCUUCUGGUCAUUAUUCCUGCCAGUAGUUUUCCUGGCGCUGGCUUAUUUUGGCUACAAGUCCUGGCGCGACCGCUACCCCUACCUCCGCCUCGAAGACAUCGCCAUUGGCCCAGCCAUCCGAGACUGGAGCCACCAUACCAGUGCCAAUUCAGGCGUGCUGAAGCAGAUCGAGCCCGUGUUUUUGGGCGCCGUGGCGACCGUGCAUGCUCUGGGAGGUGCGGUCAAGGACGGCAUUCUGUGGGGCGUCGAUCGCGCGGCUCCCUAUUUGCCUGCGUCUGUGCAGCGGUGGUCCUAUGAGCAUCCGCCGCGCUGGGGAGCCUCCCUGACCAUGGACGGACGGUCGCGGCGCCAGCUGCGGCGCGGCGACGGCGGCAGCAGGUACUCGUAUCACCCGCUGAAUGACAGCGAGGCGGCAUCGCGCAUCUUUGGCACAUACGAUGACGCCCAUGACGAAUACGAUGAGUUCGAGGCCGGAUUCAACCAUUUCUUGGAGGAGGAAGGGGAUGGCACCUUUGGGACCGGCGAGGGCGAUGCCCAGCCGGUUGACCGCCAGGUGCUGUUUGCUAAUACCGAAUUCUCUGAUGAGGAGGAGGAGCAAUAAUCCUGAGUGUCAUGAAUAUUUACCAUACGUCUGUUCCCUGGAAUACAUCUACACUUUUCCUCUUUUUUGUUCUCAUUAAACUACUUUGAAC